ACUGCGAAGUUCUUCGAUAUUACCAAGCGUAGACCACUGCUUCAUCUCGCUAGCACUUACAUGCAGAUUUUGCCCAUACUACGCAUGUGGCCUGCAUGAUGCUUCGGGCAGGGUUCACGUAAACAGAGACCGCGUGUCCUGCUAAAUCUUGCUAGGUUCCUUUGUUAUGGUAAAACCGUGACUCCGUCGCAAUACCCCACGAUCUCUGCCGCCGUGUCGACGUUCCUAUAUAAACUCACCCUUCAAAUCACUGGUUGACUUAUCAUAACACUUGCAGCACGCUGGACGUUCUAUUGAAAUACCUUUCCCCACUUAGUAUUUAUCAACGUACACUCCUUACAUACACGCUCUUAACCCCCCGAACAUGGAAACUGGUGUCAAUGUCGCCGUGAAGAUUCUGGAUGAGGCCUUUAGACCAAUACUGGAAGAUCUCAAAGAUUUAUGGCCAAGUCAUUGCAUCAAGGACGGUGGCUACCUCUUGGGACAAAUAGAAGCCCUUUUAUCAGAAAAAAAGCAAUAUCUCAAUGACGCGGACAAAUAUCUGAUUUGGGUUCAGGUUCAAUAUGUCCAAACGUUGAAAGAGCAGUUGGAAAAUAGAAGCAAGAGUUUGAUUUUUUUGCGCCCCAUUCCAUAUUUCACAGAGUCUAUCAAGCUCAGACGAAGUGCAGAGCAUGCUUAUGUUACGACCGUGAAUUCUGCUAGGAACGCGGCGUUGCAGGAACAUUUGAAACCGAGAAAUCGAACCACUGAUGCCGACAAGAAAUCAGAUAAGGGGGAUUUGGGUAAUGAAGCAAUUUCUAACAUAGAGUCUUCCAUGAUGGUCUCCAACGUCAAUGACAUAGCCUCAGGAGAGGCCAGAUUGGUAGUAUCAGGCGACGUACUAAACGGAAAAUCCGAAUCGAUAAUCGUGAAUAACACGAACACUGCGACUAAUGGCACUGCUUUUCUCGAGCUUGAGGUCCCUGAAGGUAGUUCACGUCAGGGACAACUUGUCAUAAGUAACCAUAAUACCGGAGAGGGAGGCUCCGCACAUGUAAUUUUGAAAAGCCCGAAUCGCCCAGAUCGUGUCCUAAAGCGACUAGGGACUCUGAUCUUUUCGCGGAACCCUGCUCCAGACGAUAGCGAAACUGGCAAUGAGAUGCCUAGCCUGAGCCGGACCGCCAGCAUGGCGGAGAGCAUCUGCUCUGACACGGUCUCUUUCUAUACUGCUUGUGAAGGUGACUCUGACUCAGAUUCUGACGAAGCCACCGUCUGUGGUGAUUCAGACUCUUUUGAUGUCGGUCAGUACACUGGUCUCGAGGUUUACGCAGCCCAAGAGAUGGACGACGCUGUGGAAUAGAUCUGAAAUACCUCGUCAUACCCAGUCUGCAGUGCCCUCGGUCUUCUGCUGUUUUAGUAUCAACUUAUUACCUGCAUCAGUGUGCUGUCGAUCAUCCAACUUAUGUCUGUCGUUACUGUAUUGUCUGGAAUGUAAUUGCCGGCAGUUACAGCUGUCAUGUAUCUGUAUUUCUUCACUAUUUGGAGAAUGAAUGGGUAUAACAAAGAUAUUGUAAUGAU